UUAAAUUGACCAAAUUUGAUGAUGAUGAUCAUCUAUGGUUGGGUGAAGGUUGGCCAGAGUUUGCAAGGCAUCACUCCAUAAAAUGUGGAUAUACAUUGUAUUUUAGAAAUGAAGGCCAAUCUAGAUUUCAUGUAGUCAUAGUGAAUGAAAAUGGAUCAGAAAUAGAUUACCCUGUUAAUGAUUCCAAACAUUUUGAUAAGAUAGAUCCCGAUUUCGAUGAGCUACCCUUACCCGAGAUAGGUGAAGAAAACCAAGAUCUUCAUUGUGAUGAUAAUAUCUUCAACAGUCAGUCACCACCAUUUCCUUCUCCAAAGAAAAAAGCUUUGGUUAAAUUGUUUUGUAUUGUAUAUUACAUGUUUAUGUUAGUGUUUUAUUAACAUUUUGAUUUUGCAUAAAUUUACAGGGAGGUUUAAGGCUUGUGCUAAAUGGGGUGAUGGAUUAGGAGAACAUUUUGUUGUUCCUAGCAUUAAGACUUUAAUGACUACAAAAGAGAAAGAAAAAGAAAUAGAUUUAUCUAGGAAUGAAAACUUGGCAUCCCAAAAUCCAUUUUUCAAGUCUGUCAUACAAAAAGCACAUUUACAUAAUCAAUAUGACAUGGCCUUACCAAAAGAUUUUUGGAGACAGAAUGUGGAUGAAAACUCUUGCCAUUAUAUUACUCUAUAUGUUCUUCAUGAUCAAAACAAGAUUUGGCCUGUAAGACUUUAUGCACGUCUUAGAAGUACUUGCCCAUUUCGAAGGGCUGCAUUUCGAAAAAAGGAUUGGCAGAGAUUUGUUGAUGAAAAUCAUUUGAAAGUGGGAGAUGUUUGUAUCUUUGAACUUAUUGAUAAAAAUGAAAUGAAGUUCCAAGUUACCAUUAAUCGAGCAGAUUCUGAAGGACAAUACUAUGAAGUUUGGGACUAGCAGCAAGGCUAUUAAUGGCACUGCUUCAUCUUCAAAGGAUGGCAAAUUGUUUGGAGGAGAGAUUAAACAGUCUAAUCCCACUUUCCGAGUGAAAUUGGCGGUGUCUGGUUCUCGGGUGCAGCAGCGCAUUCCAAUCCGUUUUUCAAGGCAGUUUUUUAAGGAAAACCCGAAAGCUGUAAGACUUAAGGUGGGGAAGAACUGUUGGGAUGUUAACUUGGCACAUUGUGGAGGUGGAGUGGUUUUAUGUGGUGGAUGGCCUGCAUUUGCUAAAGACAACAGAUUGGUUCCUGGAGAUUCUUUAAUCUUCAAACUGAUAACCAACCAAGUCAAUCAUACUUUGCUAGAAUAUCAUUUCCCAUUGUAUUGGCAAUUAGUAAAUAUCUAUUUUAAUUCAUCUAUGCUCUAACUAACUAACUAUUAUGAGUGUUUGUUUUUAUUUAAAAGUUAUU